UGGUGCAGAAUGGCGGACCUCAGUCUUGUAGAUGCAUUGACAGAGCCACCUCCAGAGAUUGAGGGAGAGAUAAAGCGAGACUUCAUUGCCACACUGGAGGCGGAGCCCUAUGAUGACACUGUGGGAGAAACUGUGGAGAAGACUGAGUAUAUUCCUCUUAUGGAUGGUGACGAGAAAGCUGGGAACCCAGAGUCCAAAAAGAAACCAUGCUCAGACACUAGCCAGGUUGAAGGUAUUUCAUCUUCUAAAUCAACACUUCUAGCCAAUGGUGAUCAUGGGAUGGAAGGGAAUAACACUACAGGGUCUCCUACUGACUUCCUUGAAGAGAAAAUGGCCUACCAGCAAUAUCAGAACAGCCAGAACUGGCCACAAGAUGCAAGCUUUUGUUCCCAGCCUCAGCAAGUGUUAGGUACUAAGCAGGCUGAUCCCUUUAAGGUGCACCAUGAUGGUGAUUUGGCAGAUCUGCUCUUUGUCUCCAGUGGGCCCACAAAUGCUUCAGCAUUUAUAGGGCAAAAUGAUCCUCUGGAAGACAGUUAUGGUAUGCUUCCCGGUGACUCAUUUGCUCCCACGGCUGUUGUAUCUCAGGAGUGGUCUGUGGAAGCCUCAGAUUCUCCACACUCAGAGUCCUUCGUUUCUCCAGAAGUUAUAGAAAGCCUUCAGCCCGCAGCAGAGCUAUCCAAGGAAAUAGAAGUGGAAUCAGUAAAAGAGCAGCUGCCAACUGAAGCACUGGAAAUGAUGGCAAAAGAGAAGAUCACUGAUGUGGUGCCAUCUCGAGAAGCAGAGGUAUCUCCUUCCACAGACAUGACACCAGGCACAGAAACAGAAGUGACAUUUUCUAAAGACCCAGAGGAGACCACCAAACCAGAUGUGAUUCUGUCAGAUGUUACACAGCCAUCCAUUGAAUCAGAUAUGUUCCUGGCUGAGGACAUGGAACUGCAUGUAGAAACAGAGGUGGCCCCAGUUAAGGGACCGACAGAAGCAGAUGUAUCUUUGGUGGCACCUCCUACAGAAAUUGAAAUGGUCCCAGGCAAGGAUGUGACACUGCCCAAAGAAACAGAGAUGGCACUUCCAAUGAAAAUGGACUUGGUACCAUCUGAGGAUGUGGUUCUUCCCAAAGAAACAGAGCUAGCACCAGUCAAGGCCAUGGUUCCACCCUCAGAAAUAGAGGUGGCACUGGCAAAGGAUGCUGUGUCCUCUAUGGAAACGCCUUCGGCUGAGGAGAUGGACCUGGCUUCAGAAGCAGAGGUGGGCCUUGCAAAGGACUUGGCACUGCCCUCAGACACCCUGAUGAUCUUGACAAAGGAUGUAACUUUGCCCUUAGAAACGGAGGGAUCUCUGGUUAAAGGCAUGACUCCAUCUCUGGAAACUGAAAUAACCAUGAAUAAGGAUAUAGCUCCACCCCCUGAAACAAAAUUGGACAUGGUCAGAGAUAUGGCUCCAUUCCCAGAAUCAGAAGUGUCUCUGGGCAAGGAAGUGGUUAUACUUCCAGAAACAAAGGUGACUGAGUUUAACAAUAUGACCCCACUUUCAGAAAAAGAGGUGGCCUUAGUCAAGGACAUGUCUCUACCUCCAGAAACAGAGGCUCCCCGGGUUGAGGAUGCCAUUUGGCCUUCGGGAACCCAGAUGACCCUGGACAACAGUGUGACUCCAGCCAAGGAUGUUACACUACCCUUGGAAACAGAAGUAGCAACAGUUCAAAUUAAAGACAAGGAAAAUGCACAGACCCAAGAAGAACCAAAUGAAGACUCCCAGUUAGAAUCUGUCCAGCACAAGGGACAGUCAGUAGCACCUUCUUGUAUGAUUCUACCAGAACCAGUCAAAGCUGCAGACCAAAAAUCAAACUUACCAAUAGAUGAAGGUUCUGUGUUAGAGGAUUUAGAGCAAAAGGAAACAUCUGGCAGUCAGUCUUGUGAACUUUCUUCAGGUACCUCUCCUUCACAAGGUAAACACGUUUACAGACCCGGUGACCACAGGCCAACCCGGGCCAGGCCUGCCAGGGUCCCUCCUGAGCUGCUGGAAGGUUCUCUUUCAUGGAAGACUCUUGAUCCUAGGCUGGGCCCCUACCCUUUGCCUGAGUUGGGUUUGGUCUCUGGUUCAUCUUCUUGUGGUGAGCAUGGGAACCAAAGGGAAAGUAUUUAUGCUGAAUCCCUAGUGUCCCAGAGAGACCAUGGCAGGGAGGCCAGGGAUAUAGAAAACAUGCCUAUGUUAAUGAGGAAAAAGAAAAAGAAAUCAAAGCAAAAGAGAUAUCCUCAGUCACGAGCUGGGGGACCUUGGGAUGACAAUGCAGACAAGCCCAAAGAUCAUCCUGUUCUUGGGCCCUUGAAGUCAGAUGUUGAUCCUGGCCAACCAACUACUGUGGGCACAGAAUAUGGCCUUGUAUCCAGAGAAGUUUUGAAAUUUGACUGUACAGAAAGUCACAACAUUACUUCAUGUCCAGAAAAACCUACAGAGACUGUUGUAAAUGCUCAGCUCAAGCUGAGAGUAGAAGAAGACCACAGAGGGAACAGCUCAGUGCCAGAGAAUCAAGAUGCGAGCAGGGCAGAGGGCCUGUCCAGUUUGGAAGGGUCUCCAAUAGGCAGUGCUGCACACAAAGGAACAACUCGGCUAGGAAGUGGUUCGCCCAUAGUGGGUCAAGAGAUUAUGGAUAGAGUUUCAGAACCUACAACAGAAAAGGUACUAUCAAAUUUGACCCUCACUUCAGCAGAGCACAGUCCGUCAAAAGACCAUCUAAAAGAAGGGAGUGGGGAAAGUCAAAUGAGUGAAGUACAGGGGUUUGCUGCUGGAGCUGACGAUGUUAGAGAACUAAAACCAGAGACGUCCCCCCAGCAGAAAGAAGCAACCAGCCUGUCUGCUUCUAAGGAGCUGAAAGACCAGGAGUUAAUUCAGGCUCCUGUGCUAGAGAUUGAGCCAUUUAAGAGAAAGAUAGGUGACAGCAAAAACAGAAAGGGAAGGGGUCCUGGGAAAGUCAAAGUAGGCUCUGGGAAGUUAGGAAACAAAUCUGAGGUGUCAUUCCUUCCGAACAGUGUGAAGGAGCAGAGAGUUGUUACUAUGCCACAUGAGCCAGUCCCUGAACCUAAAAUAGUGAGUAUUGAGGCUCCGAGAAGAGGGCUAGGCUUGGAUUCCUCAGAGCAACCAGAGGCUAUUUCUGAUCUCACCGAGUCAGUGGUGAGGGUGUCUGAAGACAUGGCUGAUGCUGGUGUGGGAAGCACCGUACAGCCAUUGAUUUCUAUGGAAACUGGGUCAAGCUUGACUCAUACUUCGGAGGCUAGUUCAGAAAGAAGAGCUGAGGUUAAAAACCAGAGCAAGGAAGGGAAGUGUCCUGGGAUGGAUCAUGAGUCAAUUCCCUGGAUUUCUGCAAAGACCAAAAAGAGAGACAAUGAAGGCAGAAACAAAAAGUUUAAAAAUAAUUACCCUGUACAACUUCGCAAAAUGGAGGACAAGGAGGAAGUCAUCUGCUUGCCUUGUCUAAAGGAGAGUGAUGAUGGUGAUAUAGCCCAUAACCACAGGGAGUUAGGCCAGACUUUCCCUAAAAUACACGAUUCUUUGUUCUCACACACAUCACACACACCCACAGUGGAAGUUGCCGACAAAAAGAGUAAGAAUGUUGAGUCUAAUUCUGUUGAACUUGGGGCUCUUGUGGGAAAUAAGACAAACUCAGUCCAAGGUUCUACUGUUACUAUUGAACCAGCUACCAAGGUGACAGAUGGGAGCCCCCAAGACUCAAUCUGUGGGGCAGGAUUUGUUCCCUCAAAAGAACCUAAGGAAAACAAGACACGUGUAGCCAAGGGACACACUGCAGUGGCUGACAAACCUAAUAAAAGGAGCAAUGAUGGGAAGUGUAAAAAAAUUAAAAAUAGUUUUCCCGAGAAGCACAUUUUGGAGAUUAAGACAGAUACAACAAAAAUACACAUUCCCAUGGAAACCACAGCAGACUGUAGAACUGAAGGAAUGGGGUAUAUGGAUGAAAAUAGAAAUAUUACCUUUACUUCUGGGAUAGCACCAACAGGGCUGAUGAGUAAGUCAGCUCCUCCAGAGGUGAUGGAAUCAGCAGGCUGUGAAACACUGCCCUGUCCUACUCCUCAAGUAGUAAAGGAAGAUGAUUCUUUCCCUGACACCUCCAGAAAAAGUGGGCAGGAGAGAUUCCUAGCCCAGAACUCCAGCUUAUUAGUACAGGAUACUUACAGCAAAGAUGGAGUCCCAGGUCAAGAAAGAUUCAAAGCUCCCUCUGCUGCUGUGCCCUCUACUAGUACUGAAGGAGUUCCUGGGACUUCUACAGGAGCCCAAGGAAAGUUUAACAGUCAUGGAGAUCAUUCUCUUAAGAAUAAUGGUGAGCUUUCAGAUUGCAGGAAGAAUGAAAUAGGGAUAAUCCCUGAAAGGCAUGAGAUAGGAGAAUCAGAGCCAAAGCAGCACGGGUCCUCUAAACAUUCAGCAGGGCCUGCCACAGAGCCAGCUGAAGGGCAUGUCCUACCUAGUGUGCCCACAGAAAGCCAGAACCUGCCACAAGAGCUGAGAGUCCUAGAAGCACAUGCAGGUAGUGCUGGUUUGCCAGCAUCUCUAGUGAAGGAAGAGAAGAGAACUGAGAAACACCCUGCCCCAGUUCAAAACCCCGACCCUCUGAGAAGUAAAACACCGAAAUUUAAUUUGUCUGAGGACCAAAAUGAGAGAGAUUCCAAGGGCUCAGAUAGUUUAGGUAAAAAGGUAGAUACCAUUCUUUUGCCUCCAGAAAAUGAAAAGGAUAAAUUAAAAGAAACUAGUUUGUCUUGUGAAGUCAGGCAAUUGGGGUGUGUUGCUGUGCCAACAACAGAACAGUCUGACUUCUCAUGUGGCAGUGUGGAGGGUGAAGAUAAAUUAGUAGUGACUGCUUACAAGGAUCCCCAAGUUCCACAGUUCAAAGGUAAUGAGAUUGAAGCUCCUCAGAAGAUGAUGGGCAUAUCUGAACUGAAGCUGUUGAGUGAAAGGAAGAAGGAAGAUAAAAGCAAGAUGACAGAGCCAGUGAAAGGCUACAUGAGACCCACGAAGUCUCGAGGACUUACCCCACUUUUGCCAAAGUCUGCAAGCCAGGAAAGAGAUAAAUCGAAGCUGCUCAAGUCCAGUGGAAUAGCCAGGCAAGAAGAAGAAAAGACUGCUGUGGGUGUGUCAGGAAAUGACAUCUCUACCCCACCAAACAAGGAACUCCCACCAAGCCCAGAAAAGAAAGCAAAGCCUUUGGCCACCACUCAGCCUGCCAAGACUUCAACAUCGAAAGUCAAAACACAGUCCACUACACUCCCUAAGCAGCCAGCUCCCACCACUUCUGGUGGGUUGAAUAAAAAACCCAUGAGCCUCGCUUCAGGCUCAGUGCCAGCUGCCCCACCCAAACGCCCUGCUGCUGCCACUGCUACUGCCAGGCCUUCCACCCUACCUGCAAGAGACGUGAAACCAAAGCCAGUUACAGAGGCUAAGACUCCUGAAAAGCGGACCUCACCCUCCAAACCUGCAUCCACCCCAGCCCUCAGACCUGGACCUAAAACCACCCCAACUCUCCCUAAAACCACAUCUCCCUCAACUGGGCCAAGCAGUAGAAGUCCUGCCACGCCUUUGCCGAAAAGGCCUACCUCCUCUAAGACUGAGGGGAAACCCGUUGAUGUCAAAAGGAUGACUGCUAAGUCUGUACCAGCCGACUUGAGUCGUUCAAAGACCACCUCUACCAAUUCUGUGAAGAGGAACACCACUCCCACUGGGGCAGCAUCCCCAGCAGGGAUGACAUCCACUCGAGUCAAGCCCACAUCUGCACCUGCCCGACCUUCUGUGGACAAGAAGCCUACCUUAGCUAAGCCUAGUUCCUCUGCACCCAGGCUGAGCCGCCUGGCUACCACUGCCUCUGCCCCUGAUCUGAAGAAUGUUCGCUCCAAGAUUGGCUCUACAGAAAAUAUCAAGCAUCAGCCUGGAGGGGGCCGGGCCAAAAUAGAGAAAAAAACAGAGGCAGCUGCCACAGCUGGAAAGCCCGAACCUAAUGCAGUCACUAGAGCAGCUGGCUCCAUUGCGAGUGCGCAGAGACCGCCUGCUGGGAAAGUCCAGAUAGUCUCCAAAAAAGUGAGCUACAGCCAUAUUCAAUCCAAGUGUGGUUCCAAGGACAAUAUUAAGCAUGUCCCUGGAGGUGGCAAUGUUCAGAUUCAAAACAAGAAAGUGGACAUCUCCAAGGUCUCCUCCAAGUGUGGGUCCAAAGCAAAUAUCAAGCACAAGCCUGGUGGAGGAGAUGUCAAAAUUGAAAGUCAGAAGCUGAACUUCAAGGAGAAGGCCCAGGCCAAAGUGGGAUCCCUCGAUAACGUGGGCCACCUGCCUGCAGGAGGUGCCGUGAAGAUUGAGACCUACAGGCUGACGUUCCGGGCAAAUGCCAGGGCCCGCACCGACCAUGGGGCUGACAUUGUCUCCCGGCCUCCCCACUUCCCUGGCUGCCCAAGCUUGGGGUCCCGGGCCCUGGGCUCCCUUUCCCGGGCUGUCUACUAGACUUGUAAGCUCUUGCUUGGGUGCUGGGCAGCCCUUUAGGCCUCUUUCCCUCUGCCUAGCUUGCUCAAGGCAGCAGCAGCCGCCCCCACCCCUGCCUUCACUGCUUUCGCCGUCUUCUGGGCCCAGCUCCAACUUUACUAUCCCACCACUGCACCACUGCUCCGUGGAGAACAUUGGGAGGGGAUGGGAGUCUAGUGGAAUCUCUGUGGGAUGUAGGAGUGGGGUGCUGGAUUCCCAGAAACUGACAAACCCUCCCUCUCUUCCCUGGCUCAGCCUGGGGGGACUAGUAUAGAUGAACUCCAGGAGGUGACCAGCACUGACCGAAUUCCCUGGAACCUAAACCACUGCCUCUCUUUUUCCCCAUGGUGGAAGCCACCCUGUAGGUGGUACCAGGCCCUUGUUUAUUCCCGUCUCAAGUUAGUCAGGGGUCAGUUGCCCCUUGCUCCUACCGCUUAGCAUACCUAAUUAGCUGCUGUCUCGCUUUUCUUCUUGUAUUAGUUUUUCCCCUCCUAAUAACCUAUGAGCUGGUGGUGUAGUUUGCAGGUUGAAGCCAUGUCUAAAUGAGAGUUCUCAGUAUGUGGUGAGGGAAGCAGGGGGAGAGGCUCAGAGUCUCCACUAAGGAGGCUGUUGGACAUUGGGGCUGCCUAUUCUGGGCAGCUUUGGGGCCCUGUGGGAAGAAAGUGAGAAGCAGGGCUACUGCCUAGUCAGACAGCUGGGGCGGCCAGUGCGACUGGUUUGCUGGCAUUGUGUGUAUGCUGCUGUUUUUCUUCUAACCAAGAGGCUGGUUUUGGCAUCUGUUGCAUUCCCUGGAUCCAGUGGUCAACGUGUGAUACAAAACCAGGGCCGGAGAAGGAGAAAUGAAGGUCAAAAUCCCUGACCUGCACCUGCAGGCCAGGGCACCCAAACCCUCAUAUCCAGGGGAGCCUGAGAUGUCCAGAAUGCAUGUGAACAGUGGGAAUCAGGUGUGGAGAUUUUAAAACUUAAAUGCAUGAGACUGAGGCCAUCCCACUUCUCUUGUGGUGUGACUGGAGAGAGAAGCAGGAGAGGCCAGGCCCAUUGUGGUGGUGCAGCUGUCCCCGCAUGGUCUGUCCAUGGGAGGGGUGACUGCAAUACUGAGAAAAUCCUGGGAAUUUUAUCAACACAAGAUUCUUAUUGCACUUGUAUUUUUUGUAUUAAAGUUUGCAUGGUUUCUAAUAAAGGAUUCAAACCUAAGUUUGUAGUGAAAUGGCCUGGGAGUGUUAAGGAUUCCUCUCGUGGGGCAUUUUCUGCUGCGCAGAUUUGCCUUUUAGGAGGCUGACCCAGAUCUGACCCUCUUGGCCCUCCUCUUGACAUGGCAUCCACCUCUGCUCUGGGUACAGCCUGAACAGGUACAAGUCUGUAUUAUGUCUCUGCCAAGGAAGUCAUCCCUGGGCCUGAAGUUCCUCUCCAUUUUUGAGGCAGCAAUUUCUUUUCAGAAAUCUUGACAUCAAAUCCCUGGCUCUCCAUACUCACACACAAGGAAUUGUAGGGGCGUGUGGCAAAAGGACUGCCUGAGUCAGGGAGAGGCUUUCUGUAGAAGGCUGCAUGCAGCCUUCAGGAUCAGUAUGGUUUUGGCGUUUUGUUUUGUUUUGUUUUUUUCCUCUUUUCCAGCAAGGGGCAAGAUGGAACUGGGAAGAAGGAAAUAGUGGGGACCAGGGUGCUGAUGGGUGAGGGCAUAAAGGUACUUGCUACCCUUCUUGAUGUUGAUCCAGGGGCUUUGAAAAUGCUGAAAUUAGAGAAAGGAAGGGUGGCCCAAACUGUCUAGGUAGACUAUUACGAGGUCUAGCUCCCUGGACUGGUCCCACAAGUCAGAGAGAACCUCAGAAGGCUGAUCUGGCACAGUGGGACUGUGGAUGUGACGUGUAUACUUUGCAACGACUGGGGAUGAGAUCUUUCUGUAUUUUUAGUUUGCUCAUGGCUUAGCCAUUACAUGUCUGUAACUGUUGUACUGAUUUAAAUAAUAAAGCUGCCUGACAUCCCA